UAUACUUUUGUUUUCUCUUAUUUCAUUGAUUUCUGCUAUAACUACCAAUACCUGCAGCCUUUUAAUUUAUUUGUCACUUCCAGUGCUAGCAAUUUUUUGUGUUCAGUAAACAACUAUUCAAAAUCUACAACUUUGUCAAACUCUAAAGCUAUAACGGUUCAAUAUAAAUUCAUCAGUUCUGUACCAUAUAAAGAGUAAACUGGAACUCUCUAUUGUUUUCAUAAAAGCUAGUGUAACACUCCAUUAGCUAGUAAGAUAAAUUAGUUGAGUAUCAAAAUUAUUAAGUUCUACUAUAUACUUUAUUCAAAAAUCUAGUUGUAGAGUCACACUCAUUCUCAUGAUUAUAAACAUUGAUCGAGAUUUAAACCUUUUAUUAAAUGACUUACACGAAUCAAACAGCAACUGUAAUUAUUAUACAGCAGACCAAGCUAAGACAUUACUCAGAGCAAACAAUAACAUAACUAUCUUUAAUUACAAUGUCAGAUCCUUGAGCAGACAUGAUGACCUCACAGCAUUACUCAAUUCCCUUAAUUCCAGUAUGUCAGUCAUCACACUCACAGAAACCUGGCUAAAGCCUGGCACUAUAGAUGUCUAUGCAAUUCCUGGAUACACAGCCAUACACAACUGUAGGACAGACGAGCAAGGGGGUGGAACAGCUAUAUGCUACUCAAAUCAGCUUGAAUGUAUCAACAAUUCUUGCACAAGGGAUGAGCACAGUGAAUAUAUUAUAGCUAAAUUUAAAUCAAAAGACCUACAAAAAACCCUCACAGUCAUAAACAUCUCCAGAGUACCACAGUCAAACAUUUACCACUUUAGUGAAAAAUUAAGGAAUUUGAUAUCUGAUGCACUUAUGAACAAAGACCGCCUGCUACUAUCAGGAGAUUUCAACAUAAAUCUACUACAUGACCAGGACCCACAAUUAACCGAAUUCACAAACUCUGAGCAACUGCUUGUUGCUACCAACAAUAUCAAAACCUACAAGAAUCUCCCAGACUAGUAUCUCUUUAUUGGACCACAUCUGGACUAACACCAUAUCCCCUUUAAAAUCAGGCAUAAUUACAGACAACACCACAGACCACUACCCUACCUUUCUCAGACUACAUAACGAGACAGCUGUAAAUAACUUUAUAGCAGCUGUGAAUACGUCGACUGGUAUAAUGAGCUUGAAACAUAUGCAGAUACGAAUGAAUGUAUUCAUAAUUUUAUAAAAAGAACCCACUAUCUUUAUAACAAGUAUUGACCUAAGAAGCUCACAGCUAAGAGACUGAAUAGUCCCUGGCUAACACCCACCAUCCUCAAAUCCAUUAACACAAAGCACUAAUAUGAAAAAUAGUACAGAAUGGGUCAAAUAACUAGAGACCAGUCUAAACGUUACCCGUCAGCCCUUACCAGCCUGAUAAGAAGGCCAAAAAUAAUUGUAUUAUGAGAACAGAUUACAAAACAUCAAAGGUGAUAUGAAAAAGACCUGGAAAACCCUAUCUGAAAUUCUAGGAACUAAAAGGAUAUCCAAAAACAAAAUCAAAUCAACAAAAUCAGAUGAACCCCUACUCACACCUACUGAAACAGCAAACAGACUCAGUGUUUUCUUCUCCACCAUAGGAAAGACUCUAGCAAGCAAAAUACCAAGCUCAAACACCCGUCCAUCAGACUAUCUCAUGGGCACCUACACAGAUACACUAUUCCUAGCUCCAACCACCCCAACACAGGUCUUGCUCAUCAUCAACACCCUUAAAAACAAGUUCAUCUUUUCAAGAGAAGAGUUACACUUGAAGAUCCAACACCCAGCAACAUAAAUCUCAGGCACAAUCGGCAGUGAUCCAAGAACUUCCUACAUUGUUAUAAAUACAAAUUUAAUAUCUGUGCACUAAGUUAAGGAGCCAGUUUCAGCAUUCUUGCUACUGCAGCUUCCACAGCCUGCAGAUAUAGUAUGUCAGAAACACUUGUUGAAGUAUUGCCAUGGACCAUUAUUAUAUCUUGCCGUAAUAAAUAUUAUGUCUGAAAUAAUUUACAUAUAAACGUUACCCUUAUUUUAUGGCAGUGUUUGUGUAUUUAACUUUUUCUGAUACUGGUAAGAAUAAAAUAAAGGUCCAGUAAUAAUAAUAAUAAUGAUAACAUAAACAUUGUUGUUAAUACAUUCACACUUAAUCAAUAAUCAUUAGUUUAAAUGUACAAGUUGUGAAUAGUUAACUCUAAAAAUGUGUGGAAACAGUUAAAUUUUUUUUAUUAUACACAUAUAAUAUAAAAUUUUAGUGAAUGUUUGCUAAAUAUUACACCUAGUUUUUCUAAAUUUAAUUCACAAAAUCAUAUAGGGAUCUUAAUGACUGUAUUUUUGCUCUUGAUAAAUUAUUGCUUCUUCAUAUUGAUCUGUCAUCUCAUUGUUAUCAAAGGAAUACAUCAGCUUAUUAAACUCUCAAUAAAUGUAAACUAUGUUUCAAGCAAUAUUGGUUGUGUAGUGAAGAAUAAUCAUUGGAAUUGGAGAAACGAACUUCAAGACUUAAUUGAAAUAAGAAAUAGUCUGACAGCUCUAUAUUUCAGCCUCUGAUGGUGAUCUUCACAUGUACUUCACAAAAUUUUUGCUCCAUAAUAUAUUUACUCCACAAUGUAGUGUUGCCCUUCACCAAUAUAAUUUUGCAUUGUGUAUGUAUAUAUGUCUGAUAUAUUUUAUAUCUUCAACUCCAGAUAUAUACACUUGUUUAAAAUACUAUGCAACUGAAAACAUUAAAACAUUGAUGUAAAAUUGCUUAUGCCCGUAUUGAUCAAAAAUGCCAUUUCAACCACUGUUGUAAAUUGAAUUUUAACUUGCAUGACCUAUGUGUUGUUAACACCAUUAAACACCUUAUGUAUUUCAUUUCAGAAACAGAUGUAUAUAAUAUAAUGUUCAUGGGAGGAACAAUUUAAGCAUACAGGCUAUAAAUUUUAAACAGAAUUUUUGUCCACUGUUCUUAUAAGUUAUCUCUCUGUUUAUGUUGUUUAAAAGACUGUCUUCAUAUAUCAGAUAUAAUGCAUCACAUUAAACUUGAUACAAAAACCAAAACGCUUCAAUGUACCGUGUGUCUGAAAGAGUUUUCCUGUAAAAGCGCUUUAACCUGUCACAUGAGAGUUCACACAGGAGAGAGACCGUAUCAUUGUUCAGUGUGCCUAAAAGAUUUUAAACAAAAACCAACUCUAGUCCAUCACAUGAAAAUUCAUUCUGGAGAAAAACUCCAUUCAUGUUCAUUUUGUUCAAAAAGAUUUUAUAAAAAAUCAAAACUAGUUGAACACAUGAGAAUUCAUACUGGAGAGAAACCAUAUCAAUGUUUGGCAUGUUCAAAACACUAUAGAUUUCAAUCAGAUCUCAAGAAACACACACGAGUUCAUACAGGAGAAAAACCACAUUCGUGUUCAAUGUGUCUAAAAGGCUUUAGUGUAAAAGCAGAUCUACUUAAGCACAUGAGAGUUCAUACAAGAGAGAAGCCAUAUCAGUGUUCAGUUUGUCACAGAAACUUUUCACAAAAAAGCAGUUUAACUAUUCAUGUAAGAGUUCAUUCAGGUGAGAAACCAUAUCAGUGCUCAGUGUGUCUCAAAAACUUUACAAGAAAAACAGACCUAGUAAAUCAUGCAUCUGUUCACACAGAAGAAAAACCCUAUCAGUGUUUUGAGUGUCUAAAAUGUUUUAAAAGAAAUGUAUCUCUAAUACACCACAUGAACAUUCAUAUGGGAAAGAAACCUUUUCAGUGCUCAGAGUGUCUGAAGGGCUUUUCAGGAAAAUCAGAUCUAAGAGAGCACACAAGAGUUCAUACUGGAGAGAAACCAUAUCAUUGCCUAGAGUGUCUUAGACAAUUUUCACGAAAGUCAAAUCUAAGACGUCACAUGAAAGUUCAUACAGGAGAGAAACCAUAUCAGUGUUCACAGUGUCUUAAAGAAUAUAAACAAAAGUCAUCAUUAAUUCUCCACCAAGAAGUUCAUAAAAAUAAUACUAUAAUGUUCAGUGUCUGAAAGACUUUUCAGUAGGGUCUCAACUUAGGACCAUCCCUAGUUAUGCUGAUUCACAUUUACAAUUUUUUUUUUUUUUUUAUUAUUAACACAUCGGCCGAUUCCCACCAAGGCAAGGUGGCCCGAAAAAGAAAAACUUUCAUCAUCGUUCAUUCCAUCACUGUCUUGCCAGAGGGGUGCUUUACACUACAGUUAUGAAACUGCAACAUUAACACCCCUCCUUCAGAGUGCAGACACUGUACUUCCAAUCUCCAAGACUCAAGUCCAGCCUGCUGGUUUCCCUGAAUCCCUUCAUAAAUGUUACUUUGUUCAUACCCCAUCAGCACAUCAAGCACGCUCACGCAUGCUUGCUGGAAGUCCAAGCCCCUCGCACACAAAACCUCCUUUACCCCCUCCCUCCAUCCUUUCCUGGGCCGACCCCAACCCUGCCUUCCCUCCACUACAGAUUUAUACACUCUCGAAGUCAUUCUGCUUUGUUCCAUUCUCUCUACAUGUCCAAACCACCUCAACAACCCCUCCUCAGCCCUCUGGAUAAUAGUUUUGGUAAUCCCGCACCUUCUCCUAAUUUCCAAGCUACGAAUUCUCUGCAUUAUAUUCACACCACACAUUGCCCUCAGAUAUGACAUCUCCACUGCCUCCAACUUUCUCCUCGUUGCAACAUUCAUCACCCAAGCUUCACACCCAUAUAGGAGUGUGGGUAUAACUAUACUCACAUUCCCCUCUUUGCUUCCAUGGACAAAGUUCUUUGUUUCCAGUCUCCUAAGUGCACCACUCACCCUUUUCCCCUCAUCAAUUCUAUGAUUCACUUCAUCCUUCAUAGACCCAUCUGCUGACAAGUCCACUCCUAAAUAUCUGAAUAUAUUCACCUCCUCCAUACUCUCUCCUUCCCUCUGAAAGAGGGAUGGGGAUGUUUGCAGUUUGGAGGGAUGUAUGAACUGUAGAAUCAGCGCACCUCUGGCAAGACAGUGAUGGUGUGAAUGAUGGCGAAAGAGUUUCUUUUUCAGGUCAUCCUACCUCUGGGAGACAACCAGAGUGUUAAGAAAAAUAUAGGCUCAGGAUUGCUCAUAGGUUGAAACGCCAGGAAUUCAACUCAUUCAUAAAUUAGACUCUUGUGUAAUGUGUGAGUUCUUGCAGUUUUGAAACAUACACUGUUGGUCCCAUAAUAUUACACCAAAAUUCUAGUGGCUUGACCUUUUGUGGGAGAAAGCUGGUAGACCGACAUAUGAAAGAAUGGGUCUGAGUGGUCAUUGUGCACAGUGUAAAAAAACCCUGCAGCACGCAGUACAUAAUGAGAAACAAAAAAAAACCUGACCGUGUUUUUGGUUUAAAACACCGACGUUGCGGUGUAUUUUCGUAUGGUAUUUAUGGUUGUAUUUUUUUCUUGGCCUCAUUUGAUAGAAUGGAAGAUAUAUUACAGAAAUAGAGAUGAUUUUGAAUAGUUUAAAAAAUAAAUUUCCUUGAAAUUGAGAUCAAAGUAGCGGAAAUGUUCGAUUUUUGCCAAUGUUCAAGAGUAAACAAAUCAAAACAUGUCAACUGGUUGAUCUAAUAUGCUUUCACAAAUGUGCUGAUUUUAUUCAUACCAUGUUUACAUAAUGCAGUAGUUUGCAUAACAGUAAGUCUUCUAUUUUUGGUGAAGAAUAAUUAAAAAUGGAAAGCAGGUGUGAUAUAAGAGGGGUCUGGAGAUGUGACUAAUGAACAGAGAAAAUAUUAUUUUAGUGCUAGGAAUGUUUGCAUUGUUUAUUCUGGACCGUAUUUUGAAAUUGGCAUCUUUUGAAAUUUGUGUGAAAUUGGCUUAACUGCCAAUUUCUGACCACUUUGUUGGGUAGUUGAAAUUGGUAGAACAAAUGGAGUUCUAACGAAAUAGCUGUGAGUUUGGUCCACUGGAAAAAUUAAAUUGGCUGAAAAUAGGGCCCAGAUUGUGCAAAAUCACCGAUGCGUAUGUAUUGCCGAGACCACUAAUUUCGCGAGAGAGUAAUUCUGUAAGUUUUCCAUGAAAUUUCAUACUUUUGGCGACAUUACCAUAGGGAAAAGAUACUGUAUAAUUUCAUAAGAUUCUUUUUUUUUUUUUAAAUUCUUCAGCACUGAGAGCAAGUUUGUGAGCAGGGGUCUCGACAGUGAAGGGGGUUAAUCUUAUUUGGUCGCAAGGAGAUCUGCCCCAGCUGUGGGAAUCUGUCAUUGUACUACCUUUAUGUAAACCAGGUACUUCAGGACUCGAUGCCUCCCACUAUUGUCCUAUUGCUCUUACCAGUGGGGUUUGCAAGGUGUUGGAACAUCUGGUAAAUAGACGUUUGGUGUGAUAUUUAGAGACACACAGCAGUCUCUUUGCUAGUCAAUAUGGCUUUCGUAAGGGCUGUUCUACUACUGACCCCUUGCUCCAUUUAGAUACAUAUGUAUGUAAUGCCUUUCAAGUAAAAUUAAGUAAAAGUUUUAUUUCUUUGUAAGGGUUACAGUGUUGGUUUGCUAAGUACAAAGAAAGCCACUAUCAUGCCAGGGCAUUUCAGGCGGACUAAUCCUUGUACAUAAUAAUUACUUAAUUCUAGACAAGAUAAGAGUUGUUAACUUUUAUUAAAAUUUUUAUUUAAUCUUAAUACUAAUGCGAGGUAGUCAAGGUGGAGGUUUAUGUGAAUAAUAAUCUUGAAGUUGUGCAUAAUAAAAUCAAUAUUACAAUUAAUGGUUCAGGCUGUAAUAUUUCAUGAAUUGGCAGAUGUUUAAUAGACUAGAGGUCAUAUAAUAUAAUAUAAUAACUGAUGUGAAGUUGUUUUGGUUGGUUUGGUUAGUAUUGAGAGAUGAGAUGAUUUUUAAGCAAAAUCCUAAUUUUAUAAGUAGCCAGAGGAUCCUUUACCAGUUUAGGUAGUGAAUUCCAGAUCUUUGGUCCCUUUAUAUGCAUUGUAUUUUUGCAGUGAGAGAUUGACACGAGGGAUGUUGAAGAGUCCUUAUGCCUUGUAUUGUGACUGAGCAUUCUGUUGUAGCUAUCAAGGAGAAGUUUAAGUGGAGGGUUUAUAUUGGAGUUUAAUCUUCUGUAUAUGUAGUAGGCACAAUAAUAUGAGUGCAUGUCUUGUAUAUUUACAAAGUUCAGGCUUUUGAAAAGUAGUGGGGUGUGCUGUCUAGCAUAGGAGCUGUAAUCAUCUGCACAGCAGCUUUUUGUUGGGUUAAUAAAGGUUUAAGGUGGUUAGCUGUGGUUAAUCCCCAGGCACAAAUACUAUAGGCGAGGACGGGAUAUAUUAACGAGUGGCAUAGGGUAAGGAGUGUCGUUUGGGGCACAUAGUAACGUAUCUUGGAAAGGAUGCCUGCUGAUUUGGAAAUUUUCUUGGAUAUAUGCUGGACGUGGGAAUGAAAUUUAAGAUUACAGUCAAGAAGAAGACUCUGAAAUUUACUCCUCAGUGUGUCUUGUAAUAGGGGAACCAUUUAUCGAUAUACAGUGGUACCUUGAAUUUCGAACAGCUCCCAACUCGAACACUUAUGUAAGUAUAUUUUGUAAGUGCUUUUGUAAGUAUUUUUGGGGGUCUGAAACAGACUAAUCAAAUUUCAUUAUUCCUUAUGGGAACAAAUUCGUUUGGUAAUGACACUCGAAGUCUUCUGGAAUGAAUUAUGGCUGAAAUUUGGGGAACCACUGUAUUAAGUUGGAGAUUUAAGGAUCUGUUUCAGAACAGCAUGAAGUAUGUUUUGUCAGUGUUGAGAGUGAGGUUGUUGGUUAUCAUCCAAGUAUAUAUUUUUAGCAGUUCAUUGAUAACCACGUGGUUAUUGGCAUUGAUAAGAAACAUCAGUAUGAAAAGUAAUAUAGACAGGGCUUAAUACACAAAGAUAUUAAACACUAUUCAUCAGUUCUCACCAAACUAAUAAUAAAAAAAAGCCAAAUAAUUAUAGUACUCCAGCAGAUUCACUGAAACAAGAGGAGAUAUAAAAAAAACCUGGAAAAUGCACUCAGAUUCUGGGAACCCACAAACUGAAAAAAAAAUAGGGAUAUUGUCCUAACUACACCUAACGAAACACCACUACAGCCUAGUGAUACAGAUAACAAGAUACAUGACUUCUUUUCAACCAUAGAAGUCCCCUCAAGGGAGGUUCCUUGAUGCUGGCGAGGGGCUCUUGAUCUAGGGAAUUGGAUCUGUGCUCCAGUUCCCUGAAUUGAGCCUGAAUACCUUCCAUCCCCCUCCCCUUAUGGGUUUAGCGCUCCCCCAUGAUUAUAAUAAUAAUUUUUUUUUUUUUUCAACAAGUCGGCCGUUUCCCACCGAGGCAGGGUGACCCAAAAAAGAAAGAAAACAAUUUUCUUCUUAUUAUUCUUUUUAGUAAUCUUUACAGGAAAAGGGGUUACUAGCCCAUUGUUCCCGGCAUUUUAGUUGACUUUUACAACACGCAUAGCUUACGGAGGAAAGAUUCUUAUUCCACUUCCCCAUGGAUAUAAAAGGAAAAGUAAUAAGACCAAGAACUAUUAAGAUAAAAUCAAAGAAAACUCAGAUGAGUGUGUAUAAAUAAAUGUGUACAUGUAUGUGUAGUGUGACCUAAGUGUAAGUAGAAGUAGCAAGACAUGCCUGUAAUCUUGCAUAUUUAUGAGACAGACAAAAGACAUCAGCAAUCCUACCAUCAUGUAAAACAAUCACAGGCUUUCGUUUUACACUCACUUGGCAGGACGGUAGUACCUCCCUGGAUGGUUGCUGUCUACCAACCUACUACCUACUAUAAUAAUAAUAGUAAUUCAACCAUAGAAUCAAAUCUCGCCAGUAAAAUCCCACGUACCAACGCCCGAGCAAGUGAUUACUUAGAUGGGAAUUUCCCAAACUCCUAUCUUGCACCUACUGAGCCCACUGAAGUCACCACAAUUAUCAAGUCACUUAAAAAUAAAUCAGGGAAUCUGUCUCAAGUCCCACCAUUAUUGUACAAGUGAUCGGCCCAUGUCCUUUCGCAUGCUAUUUCAUUACUUUUUAACAAGUCACUAGAAACUAACACUUUCCCGACACUACUCAAGACAGCAAGAGUUACACCAAUACACAAAGGUUGUGACCCCUCAGAUGUAAACAACUAUAAGCCAAUAUUAAGCUUACCGUUGCUAUCCAAAAUCUUCGAGAAACUUGUGCACAAGUGAUUAUAUUUGUUUAUAACAGCACAAAGCAUACUCAAUCCCUGCCAGUUUGGCUUCAGAAAAAAUAAAAGCACAAAUGAUACAAUUGUAGAAAUGCUUGAUUUACUUUACACAGCACUGAAAAAUAAGGAAUAUCUGUUAGGACUUUUUAUUGGCCUAUGUAAAGCUUUUGACACAGUGGACCACUGCAUCCUACUCCACAAACUUGACCAUUAUGGUAUAAGAGGCCAUGCACUUGCAUAUUUUAAAUCCUACCUUACUAAUAGGUAUCAGUACAUCAUUAACCCUUCAACUGUCUAAAUGUAGAUCUACGUUUGCACCGCUGGGGCUCCGAAUGUAGAUCUGUGUUUCAUUUUACAUGCUCUCAAAUGUAAAAAAAAAAAGUAGAUCUAUGUUUGGAGUGCUAGCGGUGCAAACAUAGAUCUACGUUUGGACAGUUUAAGGGUUAAAGACACAACCUCAUCAACAUGACCACUUGAUACUGGAGUGCCACAGGAAAGUAUCCUUGGUCUCCUGCUCUUCCUCUUAUACAUCAAUUAUGUUCCCAAUGUAUCACAACACCUGAAACCAGUUUUCUUUGCUGAUGAUUUGCCUACUAUAGAUGUCAGGCUUAUUGGACGGUAAUUUGAAGGAAUGUCCUCUCCCACCCAAAUCUUGCCACACUCAACACCAUUGUUAACGAGGAGUUAAUGAAAAUAUCCACUUGGAUGACAGCCAAUAAACUUACACUUAACACUGACAAAACCUUCUUUAUUAUGUUUGGUAACAGAGUAGGUGUUGCACAACUGGACAUUAAAAUCGACAACACUCUUAUUGCCAAACAUAAUGAGGGCAAAUCCCUUUGCCUACACCUCAACAGCAACCUGAAAUUCAGCAUCCAAAUCCAACACAUAACAAAAGUAUCCAAAACGGUUGGGAUCCUCUCCAAGAUACAGUACUAUGUGCCACAAUCAGCCCUUCUAACACUAUACUAUUCACUCAUCUAUCCCUACCUCACCUAUGCAAUUUGUGCUUGGGGGAUCAACAGCAGCAACACGCCUAAAGCCAAUAAUAACCCAACAAAAAGCUACAGUAAGAAUUAUCACACAAUCCAAUACUAGGCAACACCCCCCCUCUUUAAAGAUCUUAACUUACUGUACAGAACAUCCAUACUUACUACUGUGCAACCUACCUUUACAGAACCAUAAAUUCCAAUAUUAACCCUGAACUAAAAUACUUUCUUGAUAGUUGUGACAUGACCCACAUCUCAACACCAGGUACAAAAAUAUCUGACAUUCCCUUUGUCUGGCUAAACCUAUACAUAAACCUGGAUCUCCCUGCCUGAAAACUCUAGAACUGCAGACACAACCAUCAUUUUCAAAACUGCAGUUUAAAAACAUCUUAUCACCUUGACACACCCCACCGUCAGCUAACUACAUGAAAACCACCUAUUCUCUUCCUUGUAUCACACGCACACAUAAAAAACAAACUAGACCUACUCUCUAUAUCUGUGAUUCUCCCUAAUUUACACUUACACUCACCCAAAUGACUGUAAACAUAAAAUUACGAAUAAAGCUAUUGCCUAAUAAAUCUUAAACUAGUCAUAAGUAUGCCUGAGAUACUCCAGUGUAGGAGCUUUAACCCUUAAACUGUCCAAACAUAGCUCUUCGUUCACAUGCAUAGUGCUCCAAAAGUAGAUUUACAUUUUUUUACAUUUUUCAAAUAUAAAAAAAAAAAAAUGUAGAUCAAAGUUUCUUUUACACGCUUUCAAAUUUAGAAAAAAAAAAGAUCAUCUACGUUUUUUUACAUACACUUUCAAAUGUUGAAAAAACGUAGAUCUACAUUUGGACAGUUUAAGGGUAAUAGAAACUGUGUAUCAUGCCAAGACAAAACCAUUCUCAUUGUUAAAUUUACAAAUUGCAAUGCAGUUACCUAGCUUUAACCCUUAAACUGUCCAAACGUAGAUCUACGUUCACGUGCGUAGAGCUCCGACCUUGAUUUUCCCCAUUUGAAAGCAUAUAAAAAAAACAUUGAUCUAUGUUCGGAGCCCCCAGCACAUGGACAUAGAUCAUCUAUGUUUGGACAGUUUAAGGGUUAAUAUUAAUAUGCUCCAUAACCUGUAUCAAUAUUGAGUUUAAAUUAUUAUUAACCUGCCUGAAAUGCCUAGUCAUGCGAGGCAGGAUAGUGACCCUCUCUGUAAUUAGUAUUUUAUAACAUCUAAACCUCAUGUUGUAACCAAUAUUUUAUGAUAUGUAAACCCCACAUUGUAGUCUUUACAGAGAAUAAACUUUGGAUUUGA